AUGCCAAAGUUUCAGUCGACUUUAGGAAAGUCGGCGCAUUCUUGGAACCCAAUGGGUAACCCAGUGGGUAACGCGACGGGUACGACUAAUGUUACAAACAACGAACCUAGUAGUGGUACUGCCGAGAGCGUGUUCAAGAGGUUGAGCACGCGUCAUAAGUCUAGAACAACGCUUUCUUUUCGCAAAAAAUGGACUCCUGAAGACUUUGAGAUGGGCAAGAAACUUGGCAAGGGCAAGUUCGGUCGCGUCUAUUGUGUCAGGGAAAAACAAAGUGGAUACAUUUGCGCUUUGAAGGUGAUGAGCAAAGAAGAGAUAGUUUCAUAUAAGGUUGAGAAGCAGUUUGUCCGCGAAAUCGAGAUACAGGCCAAUUUACGCCAUUCCAACUGCCUUCGGUUGUAUGGCUGGUUUUAUGACGAUAAAAACGUGUAUCUGAUUCUCGAGUACGCGGCAAAGGGAGAGCUAUAUCAACAGCUAAAGAAGUGUCAGCGAUUUGACGAAGCUAGAACUUCGUACUACAUAUAUCAAGUGGCAAGUGCACUUAGCUAUCUUCACAAGAAACAUAUUAUUCAUAGGGACUUGAAACCGGAGAACAUAUUGAUGCAUUUUCACAACCAAGUGAAAUUAUCAGACUUUGGAUGGUCUGUAUAUGCUCCCCAGGACAGACGCAGGACGACCAUGUGCGGUACGUUGGACUAUCUACCUCCAGAGAUGGUGGAAGCCAAGAGUCACAACGAAAAAGUGGAUGUUUGGGCACUUGGCGUGUUAAUGUACGAGCUUUUGGUGGGGAAACCACCUUUUGAAGACGAGCAUUCCAGUAUUACCUACAAAAGAAUCGCUAAAGUUGAUCUCCAAAUCCCUCAUUUCGUCUCUACUGAUGCAACAGAUUUGAUCAAAAAACUUUUGAGGUAUGAUCCUGCUAAGAGACUCAGCCUUCAGGAUCUUCCUAACCAUCCUUGGAUAACCAGGAACAGAUCCCAAUGGCAAAAGUUAAGAGAAUAA